AUGGUCGUUCUCACACACGACGUCGAUCCUCAAGGGGAUCUUGUCGUGGUUCUGGGAAUGCCUAACUCUACCAACUUAAUUCCAAAGGUAUACAUAAAGAAGUGUUGGUCUGGUAUAUCUUACUUCAUCCGUGAUUGGGAUAUUUUCAACGUGCCGAAAGUGAAAUCCAUACUCCAGGCUGUUGACGACCCAGUACUUGUUCAUAAAGUCCGAUUCAGAGUUUCAUCGCACCACAUGAAAAUGGCGUCUCCUGUGUUUGCGAAGAUGUUGGACGGCCCCUGGAGCGAGUCAAAUUCUCUGAAUUCGUCGUCUACGCCCGCGUCUUUGGGUAACAACUCAGCUGUUCGCCCUCGCGAGGUCACUGCUCACAGCUGGGAUGCCGACGCACUUCUAGUGGUACUUAAUGUCAUCCAUGGGAUCAACGACCAAGUCCCUCGAGAAGUCAGUGUCGACUUCCUUGUCGAAAUUGCCGGUGUAGUUGAUUACUACCACUGCCAGAGAGCAAUGCAACUUGCCGGAGAAGUCUGGAGGCAAAAAGUGUAUGAAUUUCCGGUCAAAUACGGAAAGGGAUGCAUCUCAUGGUUGUUUAUUUCUUGGGCCUUUGGCUGGGAAGGUGUUUCAUCUCAGUUGGCAUCCUUCAUCAUCGCGCAUGGCCAGGGUCUAUCUCAUAUCAAGUCAGACGAGCUUCCGGUCACCUCCAUUCUUGGCAAGUUCGACAAGAAAAGACAAGAGUACAUCGCCAAAAUUAUGACACGGUUAGACGAGGUGGCUGAGGAUCUACUGAAUGGUCGAGCCGGUUGCAACAACGAAUGCUCGUCCAUGUUGUUGGGAUCAUUGAUGCGCAGAAGGCAUGCGUCGGCCCUCCUCAAUUUUACACAUCCCAGCCCAUACACGAACUACUCCGUCAAUGACUUCAUCAAAGAGACCCUUGUCGUUUGUACGAUAGAAUUGGGUUCCAUCAAGAGGAAGAGGUCUGAUACCCCCCACACCUGCAACAUUGCGGCAAUGAUGAAACCAUUCCUAAAGGAGACUUGGGAGGAGAUCAGGAGAUUCAAGAUUUCGGAUCUACAGGACAAGUGA